AUGAACGAGUGCCCAGACGUGCAGCCUGCAAGCACCGUGGAGUACACGAUGGAGUGGAAAGACGGAGAGCUCGUUGUCUCUGACAAAAGCAUAUUCCAGGUGGUUCGAAGUAUAAAGGACCCAGAGCACAGCUACACAUUGGAAGAGCUGAAAGUAGUUUCGCUAGAUCGGAUCUCCAUUGAAGAAACAUCAUUUGGCUCUUUUGUCCACAUUGUUGUAAUACCAACGAUCCCCCACUGCUCAAUGGUUGGGCUGAUAGGGCUAUCGAUCCUCUACAAGCUAGUCAGCAUUCUCAGCAGCAAGUACAUCGUAAGAGUGGAGGUGGAAAAGGAAAGCCAUACGCUCGCAGAGGAAGUCACAAAACAGCUGUCAGACAUGGAGAGAACAUACGCAGCAUUCUUAAACGACAACAUAGUGUCUGCCAUACUUCCUCUGAUUUGA